AGCGGCCGCCUGCGUCAUGCCGCCAGUGCUGACGGCAGCACCAGCUCCGCCGGCAUGCCUUCAAGCAGCACCAGCAGCAACGGCUUCGGACCCAUGGUUCAGGAGACGGUUGUGAAGGCGCUGCAGCUGCUGACCGCCAAGGACUUCCGCGAGCGGAUUGAAGCCAUGCGCAACGUGGAGGGUGUGGUUUCGGCGCUGUCCGGCGCACCUGACGGCCUGCUCAUGACGCUGUUAGACGCGCUGGUCGCUCGGCUCGGCGACGGAAACACCAAGGUCUCCAUGGCCGCACUCGGACUGGUUGCAAACCUGGCUGGCUCCCUACGGCACCGCAUGUCGCUAGGGCUAAACACCUUGGUUCCUGCACUAGCAGCGACCCUGGGCUCAACCAAUGACAAGGUCCGAGCCGAGGCAGUGGUGGCUGCCGACUCGCUGCUCGCCUCGCUGGACCCGGCCAUGCUGGUGCAGCACUUUAGUCACUGCGUGGGCAACGGCACGCUGCAACGCGGCAAACCCAUUCUGGUGGAGAAGCUGGUGC